GACACCUAAUUCACUUUCAUAUCUCAAGUAUUUAAAAAGUUAUGGCCAUUUUCAUACUCGGAAAUUAGCAUCUUGUUCCCUAUUGAUUUUCUAUGGACAUAACAAAAAAGCUGUGAUCGUGGACAGUCAAAAGCCCAUAACUUUCUUAAAAAUUAAGAGAACUGAAUGAAAUUUUCAGUUAUCAUAGACUGAAGCAUUCUGAAACAAAUAUAAAUCAAUCAAUCUUGGGUGACGUGAAAUUAAAGCAUAUAAUUAGUUAGUUACCCAAUUGGAGCUAAUUUCAAACUUCAAUUACUAGAUCUAAACAUCUAUCUAUUUCUUAAUAAAUGAUUAACAUUUUUAAAUAGCCUAAGUGUCCAAAUAAUAUUCACAAAUAAUUCACAAUAAAACAUGAUUUUUAAAUCUCAUUUACAUUAAUUUAUAGGCCAAAUGGAAGGAAUUUAGUGUUCAAUUGCUGUAAAUUAAAGUCCAUUUAAAUCAGCUUUCUAGUGGGUUCCUGUGAACGCGCUGGUUUAGAACGUUCACAUUGCGCUAGAUUUGUGCCCUCAAAUGCCCAGAAAAAUACUGCGGGAUAUAAUGGGCCCAAAAUUAGCUACUUGCAACAUUAAACUUUGUAUAAAGGGAUCUUAAGAAGCCCUUUUUAAUGUAAAAACAAACAGCCUACCUUCUGUUGUCUGCUGUAUGAGACCCUGCCGGUUGUCACAGGUUUAGAGGUUAAUUUUUAAACUACUACAACAAUUAUAUAAAUCCUUUAAAACUAAUAAUAGCUAAAGCGACGGAAUAUUCCAGCGAUUUUCCGUUAAUAAUUAACUAGGCUGAGCAUCCUCGAUUGGAACAGCCUAGGGAAAAUAGCGUUUUAAACCCGCCCCCUCUAAACGGCGCCAAAAUCGCGCACACGGGCUGGGACAGAUUUUCAGCGACGCUUCAUGUAGGCUUUGCAACAUACCUACCUCCUGGGCCCUGGGCUCUGUCAAGUCAAGUCAAGUCAAGUUUAUUCGUCACAGACACAUACGAGAUGUGCAGUGAAAUAAAAAGUGGCAAUGCUCGCGGACUUUGUGCAAAAAAAACAAACAAACAAACAACCAAACAAACUACGAACAGAAUGGAACAGAAUCACAUAAUCUUUUACACAUUAAAUAUUGUGGGCGGAAGGAAAAAGGGGGGAAAAAAAAAACCAAAACAGCAAUUAAAAAAAAAAAAAAAGCAGUAGAGUGGUACAGUAAAGUUAGUCCCUGGUGAGAUAGGAGUUUAUGGCCUCUGGGAAGAAACUCCUUCUCAACUUCUCCGUUCUCACAGCAUGGCAACGGAGGCGUUUGCCUUUCCUCGGCAACCUCCUGCAAGUGGAUCUGCACAAUCCGCACCUGCCAUUUGCAAAGGAAAACUAUGGGCGCUGUCUGUACAGAGUUUGUAUAUCUCCCCGUGACCUGCGUGGGUUUUCUGUGAGAUCUUCGGGUUGCUCCCACAUUCCAAAAGACGUACUAGUUUGUAGGUUAAUUGGCUUGAUAAAUGUAAAAAUUGUCCAGUAUAAAUUUGUCCAACUUCCAGUAUAGUGCCUGGUGGACUCUUUGGAAGGUACAAGGAACAGGAAGUGAGACCGUGGGAAGGAAGUGGCCAUGCACCGAGGACCACCUUUAAACCUUGGUCUCCCUCUGCUUCUGUCCAAUGGCCUUGACACCAAUGGUUCAAUUGCCUGAUAAUAGCUGGGAGGAAACUGUCCCUGAAUCUGGAUGUGUGAGGUUUCACACAUAUAUACCUCUUGUCUGAUGGGAGAGGGGAGAAGAGGGAGUGGCCUGGGUGCGACUGGUCCUUGAUUAUGCUGCUGGCCUUGCCUCGGAUUAAAUUGAGCCAAUGGAGGGAGGAUCGGUUUGUGUGAUGGUCUGGGCUGCGUCCACAAUUCUCUGCAAUUGCUUGCGGUUUUGGAUGGAGCUGUUCCAGAACCAUGAAUUGAUGCACCCCGAUUUUACUUCGGAGUCACGUGAGUGAUUCCGUGAAGACCCCAGCUCCAGUGCGCAUGCGGCAUAAUCGCACAGCGUGCAGAACGCGGCAGCCAGCGGGAGUCGGCAGCUUCCGCAUCCAAGGACGAGAGCUGCGGAGGAAGUACGGCGAUGUGAUGAGCUCGGAAUUUGGGAGGACAAACGUGGUGGUGUUGAGCGGCUACAAGGCCCUGAAAGAGGCGCUGGUGAAGAAAUCGGAAAAUGUUGCGGUCCGACCAGAUCUCCCAGUAUACGUAAAGCUCUUUCAGCAGAUUGGAGAAGACGUGGUCAGACCCGCCCACGGGACCAGGGAAGCCACGGGCUGUGAAGGGAAGGAGCAUCAUAUCUGCUCCAACACCCCCGCCGCGUGUGGACGUCAAUGUGCAAUAUCUGAGCGUGAGAACAAAGGCGUUAGUGGGGGCGUCUCCCAGUGA